AUGAAGACUUCAUCUAUACUCUCGCUGUUCGUCACCGUUCCCUUAGUGUCCGCCGUGAAUAUCACUGUAAGCGUCGGAAAAGACGAUUCAACUGGACAGAAAGGCCUCGGCUUCAAUCCGCCAUACAUCUACCCCAAUAUUGGCGAUUUAAUCGUGUUCGUAUUUCAAAGCGGUACCCAUAGCGUUGUUGAAUCCAACUUUACGAAACCAUGUGUACCCAACGGCCGUUUCGACACUGGCGUUCAGACGGUUCCUGAUAGUGCCGCCGUGGAUUCUCCCGAUCUACCCAGGUUCGAAUAUUAUAUCAACAGCACGGACAGUCUAUGGUUUUCCGACCAGGCGGGCAACAACUGCAACCAAGGCGCCAUAUUCUGUAUCAACCCUACUGCAGCCCAAACGGCGGAUCAGUUCCAGUCCAACGCGAUGGCAGCACCUAUAAACGAUACCACUUCUGCGGCUAAUGGAUCUUCAACCAGUGCUCCGCCGGUUCCUAUUCGAUCCUCUUCUGGGCUUGGACUCACCGCUGUGAUCUGUCGUAACUUCUGUACCGAUGUUUGCGACAAGACGUGUUUCUAUGUGGACCUUACCCAGAAACAUUUCAGUGGACAUACGUGA